AUGCGGGAGGUCCAGCAGCAGAAAUGUAAGUGAAUGCUAAGCGUAGACACAACUGCUCCCACCACGGCAGUCUGCACGAUCAUUUCGAAUGCAAAUAAAGCCUCGACGAGAGAGUUCAGAAUCAGCUAGGAAGCUGUUGCCGAUGCCUCAGUUACUAAGUCAAUAUCUGGGCAAUUGACGAACACCAACUUCUGAAGCAGAGUCAUCUUAUUUAGUAAGAACAAAGAAAGUAAGAGAAAAGACUGUUUGUUUUUAAGGGAGUUGGGAUACGUCGUCCAGUGAUUGGCUGUCCACGGAACAUACGGUCCGGAUGCACCUGUCUGGUUCUGCAAAAAAACUGUAGCAUCAGUAGACCCUAACUUGAAUAAAGGGGAGUAGGAUUUGUGAGAGGAAAUGACGGGUAGGGGAACUCAUGAUUGAUUUUGGCUGGCAGAUUUUCUGCUGUAAAUCCACGAGCCGGAUAUAACAACGUAUUCCCUCCGGAGUAAAACUGAAAAUCGGAUGAGUUAAGUGACUCAGUGUGGACAUUAGCAUGAGUAAUGCAUUGUUAUGACGGCCGUGGCGGAAACAUUUUGGGGAUGGGAACACAUCAUUUCAAUUUGGGCAGGAAUUAUAUUCAUGGGCGGGAAUGUGGGCAUAUUCAGCUUAACCGCUUCGAGAUGAGGCUAGGAGGAUAUAUGGAAACACGUCAUGUUUGGGGCCGUGAUGUUUGAGGCAAUAACAGGCGGCUGUGGAGGAAAGGGUUUCUAACAAUUACUAGAUUUACCCGCUGCUCGAGUGGCUGUGACGGCACUCCGAUUCGCCUUUAAAUUAGAUACUUGCUUAGGUUAUUUUGGGUUGCUGGGUGAGUCGGAAGGGAUGUUUGUAUGCCAGGCAUGUUGCUACGUUUAAAAAUAUCAGCAUCAGGAGUAAUCGAGUUGCCUACGGAAUCGACUAUGCCAUGACGUGGUGAGAACGCAGAUGAUUUUAAUGAGGGCUUAUUCAAAAUUGCAACAAUUUUCGUUAUGUCGGUGUAAGUUUUCGACAUGUUACAUUUGUUCAGUUUUCGCUGCAGUGGCGUGAGGUCCGACGAAGCUGAGCAAUGCCAUUUACGUUAGAAAUCUCUAGUGAUCUCCUUCCUCGAAAAGAUGAAGUCGACUUCUAUCAAGGAGAAAAGGGUAAAUAGUAUCGGUGCAUUACGGCUGAGCUAGCACAGUCGUUUAGCUUGAGUGACAGUGAAACCCAAGCCACAACUCUGCAGGAACAGAUGCCAUCCUUCUUAAAGCAGAUAUGUCAUUUGGGAUGUUUUACAGCGUAAAAUUAUGCUUGCGUUUUAUCCUCUCCUCAGGUUCACAGCUUAUUGUCCCAGAAAUUUUAAAAGCUUUUUUAUGUUUUUUUGAAAAGUGCUGCUAAGAUCACCAUACAUCAAAUGAUUUAUCAUUUCGUCGGCUGAUGGUCUGUUACGACCAACAGAGGCUCCAUUUUGAACAAUUAAAGGGUUUUGAGGUUCUACAUGCGCUAAUGAGAGUUUUGAGUCAACCAUAUCCAGAGAAGGUAGCGAACACAUACUGACACCCGCUGUGUCUCCGGUCACGAUUCUAGCACUAAGAGACGGCGGAGAGGUCACGAGCCUUCGUCUGUUAGCACUUGUUCUUCGGGGCAUUACAGGGUACGAUAUAAGUUUUUUCCGUUGCAGUACAAGAAUUGAAGCGUUGCUAACGUACAACAAAACUCACAGAAUAGCAAAUGCUACCGUGGGUUUACUACAAAACUAGGAAUAGGCGUCAAUAAAAUGGCGCUUCGCGAAAUUUGGCUUCUUUACCAAACUGUCUAACAAGACUGGGUGAAAUCAUACCCAGCAAUAAAAAGCGACCUUUAUAAAGGAGUCAAGUAAAAAAUAGCAGAAUGAUCAAAGCGAAAAAAGGCGGAAUUUGAGACCCCAUGUCAGGAGGUCCAAGGUCUGACGACAUCAGCAUCGCAGCCGUCAGCUGCUGACGGCCCAAAGGUACAAUGAAUAAGCACGAUGACUGUCUGUAACCAACUGACGAUCGCAGCGUCCGUUGCAGCGUUAAGACGGCGUUCGGCAUAAACGUCUUUUACAAAAAACACCAGGCACAUAUGUCCUACUUGUGUUCUAUUGGAGGCGGAAAUACCGCAGCAUUCGCUGCAAGAAUUUUCUUCGUCCUCUUCACAGAGGACUUCGUCCAAUCUCUAACCUUCUACGAGAGGAAAACAAGAAGCCAGGAGUUUUUUGAAUCUCCAGUCGACCCCGCCAUCCAGCGUAAUAUUUGUGUUUUAAGUGCUUAAUCAUGUGUGUUUCAGAGGCUUUCAACAGAUGGAAUAAGGACAGCAAGUCUGAUCGACAAUGCCUGAAAAGUGCACUUAGUAAACACACGACCGUUAUCAACAGCAAUGUCAUACGGCCUCCAGAAGCCAAAUAACAGAUGGCACUUUGUAAUAUAUUCACGUUAUUACCAAAAUUUAAUGUUAUAGUAGACAACAUUGUUUUCACUUACCAGUGUUCAUUAUUUCCCUUGUAGACCUCCAAUCCACAACGGACGAAUCGGACAACAAACUAGGAGACAAAAUCCUCUAGCACAUUAUAACAACCGUCCCCGUCUUACAUUUCGUCCCUAAUAAACUAGUUCUUCUGCUUAAAUGUAUUACUUCGUUUUCAUUACGAGGUCUCGAUGGAAAUACUACUAGGGGGGGGGGGCGGUACAAUGAAUGGGGACCUCUGCUUGAGUAAAGCGGGAAACUCGGUUUUUAGAACUCGACUCAUGCUCGCAAUAAGCUUGCAAGUCCGUUUUUUGAUCUCGUUCUGGGAUUUUUACAUCCAGCUCUCAGUGAGCUCAGAUAAAUGACCACAUCAGACCGCAAAAACAGUUUGCACAAUUCAUCAAACGACCUCUGAUUGGGCUCGUUCAGAACUCUUUUUGCUAUUAGGGUAGUAUUUCCUGUGCUAAGGUUUGAAAAUUUUCCAAGCGUACUUUUUCCUUUUCAGAAGUCUUUAUGCUAGUCUUUGUUACCGUUUAGUAUAAGUUUGAUUGUCACAUUUCCCAAUAUUCGCAUCCGUACGCCCGUUAAUCGGCUUUAUAAGAUACGCCACUCCUCGCAGAUCAUUUCAUUUCCCUUUGUUAUACGUGUCAGUGCAUUUUCUUACUCCAUAGGUGUACAUUUGUUUGGAAUUUUCUUCCGAUUGAAAAUGCAUUGCAUAAAGAAACCCUGUAUAUAUCUUAGCAUACUACAUAACCCUGCCAGCACCAGCCCCCUCUGGCCCCCUCAUGGCCCCGCCUCAUGAGAUACGUUAACGUAUCUGGGCGCCGCUUUCUUCUCAAACACUUAGCUUUUAUACUUUUAGGAUGGAACUAACGUAAUCCGACUGACAGUUUUGCAGAUUCUACUCCAUUUAAAAACGGUCAUUUUAUCUGUCGACUGUCGGUCUAUUAGAGACUCUUAAAUCCACUGGGUAUAUCAUCUGCCAUGGUGGUCCUCUCGGUACUUAACCUAGUCCUUUUAUUUUUUUCCACCGAACUGAUAAUAUAUGCGUUUUCUUUUUUAUUUCGCCUUAUUCUAGUUGGAGUCUCUGGUCAGCACUGUUAUUCAUCGCUCUGCUGGCCGUCCUGUUUUAAAUUAUUUUAACUUCUCAUCAUCACUGUACUUGGAACAAACUUCGGAUAACAAAAUAGUACAAUUAUAACGGGUCUUUGACUGUUUGACAGAUCAUUCUUGUUCUAAUGGUCGUGUCUCAUUUUUCCGAACUACUUCCUAGAACUCACCUCUUCGCGUCUGUUCGACAAGUCUUUAAUUAUAUUGCAUUCUUCAGUGGCUUCGACAACUACAGUGGCAACGAAUGACCUUGUGAGCUUGCGCAAUUUUCAACUUAUGCAUUAUCAGCUGUUGGUUGUUGUCCAAUUUGUUUUCAUUAUAUACGACAUCUUUGCAAAUUCAAUCGCUGAUCAUAUUGGUUCACUCAAUGUUCGGUUGCUUGUCGUUUACAUGUAACUCCCAUUUUGGGCAUUUAAAUAUUGCUUUCAGCCUUCAAGACUUGAUUGUUGUAUUCGCCGUCAUAGUUAUCGCCUUACAGCUCUUUAACACAUAUCUAUUUCAAGCUGGAUUCAUGCGACUAUUAUUCACACAACUGAGGGGGACUUUUCUUGUUGUUUUUAUAUACUUCGCUCUUUGUGUUGCAGCGCAUUCCUGGGGCUUGGUAAGUUGGUGUAGUAUAUUUCAAAAUGCCCAUCGCAUGUAGAUUUUGAGAUGGAACAAUACAAAACAAUUGGUCUCCAAUCCAGGUUACCUUGCCCUUGUUGCCGGCCAGCGUACAUGUAACUCUUUUUGUAUUCAUAUUAGCCUUUUGCAGAGCCUAAGGGGGGCACGCAUUCGGAAAGAUCUAUGAUAUUUUACUGAGCUGGUUUACGAAAUAUAAAUAACAAGUCAGGUACCAUCACAGCAGUGAAGAUGCUGCGCAUGCCUACGGUUCGCAGUCAGGGUAGAGACUUAAAUUAAUUGCGUGUGUACAUUCCCAUUAAUUGUACAAGAAGCAAGGAAAUUAACUGCCAAUUGGCAGUUAGCCGAAUGUCUCACUUAAUCGACCUACCGGUAGAAGUUUUGCAGUUGACGACAGCAAAAAAUAUGCUAUCUCAGUGCAAAGUACUGCUUUUAUGGCUUAGUUUGAACGGAUGGCGCCCCAACUACAGUGGAAAUCUGACCUUCUGGGUUUGUCGAAAUCCUCAAAGUGUCAUGUCAGUUGUCUGACUGUGUAGCAAAAUUCGCCUAUCAUAAAUAUCCAUUUUUGGGACUUCUCGCACAAAUCAUAUGGCUUGUUAACUCGUAUAGCUUUAUAUCAUAAGCAUGCAAAAAAUUGUGUUUACUUUAAAUUUCCUCUUCACCUUUAAGACUAUGUUUUCCGUUAGAAUGUUUACAGCGCUGAAAAAUUAACAAAAUGGCUUAUCUUUAAAUUUUUCGGCGGACAAGUUAUUUGGAAGAAUUUUGACCUAACUGGUGCUAACAAUCGUUUACAAAAUUUCUGUUAAGACAGCUAGGAUACCAGCUGAUAAACCGCAUCCAUCUGACUGAGGAUUACGUUAUACUUAUGUUGGGUAGUCAGAGGCAACGUUUAAUAAACCAUUUGGGGUGCUAGUAUGUCAUUGAAUACUGUCGAGCAAUAUGUCCUCCGUAAGCGUUAUUGGCAGGCAACAGUGAUAAAUAGUUUGCUGGCAUUCAGCCCCUGCAUGGAUCGAGUCGACCAUAUGGUUUUCUUUGACAGUGGAAUUCACCGUAAUAUCAUAUUAACAAACCUACCUCUUAUAUUUGAAGACUUCUCUAACACCAGCAUUUCCAACUCCACCUCCACCACUCACUUUAAUACUGGUGGCAUCGAACGUCAAAAGGCCACUAGUUAACACCCUGUUUUAAAUGCAAUGGUGCGUUUGUACUACACAUCGGCCUAAUCGGACAUUUACAACUCCUCCGCACUGAGACUGGCGUAUUGGUUCCAGUGUCAUAAAUGCAUCCUAUAAAUACUACAACUUCCUGCGCGUUAAUCACCCGUAUCUGCCACUUUCUCUGAUGACGACUUCGAGCGAGAAUCCGAAACGUCAGGCGAAUAAAGCUCUUGCUCCAGCGAGCGCUUCUACUUAUUAUCAACUGUUCCAGGAACUCGUAUCUUGGUUUGUAUCAACUAUUAUCAAAGGCAGAAAAAACUGUUUUGGUAAUACCUAAGCAAAUGAGUCCUUAAGUUAAUGAUGAUUAGGCUACGAAAUCUGUCUUAAUCUAUCGGGUCUGGGAAUGCCCGUUCGGACGAACAGUGACAAGAAUGUGGACUACGCAAAAAGAAAUUAGAACAGUGUUUAAAAAGGCAAUUAAUCCUCCAACUUAUCUACACUGCUCAAUAGUAUUUUAGCUCUUUGCCGCUUUUCUCUAUACUCCAUUGACUACAGCACAUUCCAUAAUGUUGUCAAUAUUCUCACAUGAUCACGACGGGUAUGACCAAAUCUCGUCAUUUGUUAGCUUCUUUAUGAUCUGCAGGUAUUAGCAUUGGUCACGUUGGUAAUUUUCUAGACUUUCUUUAUAUUCUCCGACUCAUCUAGUGAGAAGUUUAUCGUGUUCUUACUAAUUUUUGGAGUUCGAGUGACAUGUUAUUGACUUCAGGACACAAGUUUCGUUUAUUUGUUCGUUGUUUUUACUAAACUAAGUAUUUUAACGGCAAAAAAACUUAUAAAAAACAAUGUUUAUCAAAACUGUCAGCCAAAGUUACGCGUGCUGGACCGUUUCUUGCAUAAAAAUUACGACAUACCAUAACGAGGCCUAGUCAAAUGUUCUUACUGCCUAUGGAAGAACAAUGUGUAUCGGAAUGUUAUAGAAGAUUCAGUUUAAGUUCACCUUGACAAAUCGGCUUUAUUUAGGCACCGAAAAAUCGUAAUAGUGUAAUUUCUUAGUUUUUUGGCAUCUGCUUAUGUCUUUUUCUAGUCUACAAAGGCAACUAUUUGAUAUUUCUAUCAUAGAGUCUUCGCGAACUGAUUGUUGCCUUAUAAACACGACAUUCUGAGGUUUUUACGCUCUGUGGAGCAUUUUUAGUCUAUUUUGAUUGAGUUUUGCUCGACUAAUGCUCUACUAGUCACCAGUUGGAUCUGCGCUCUGGAACACUUGGUCUUAACCAAGUGCCUGCUGUUAGUUUCGAUUUUGCAAUGAGUAGGGGCCUGAAUGUUAAGCUUCUGCAGUGCAGACAUGCUUCUCAGAGUCUGCAGUCAGUUACAAGUAAAUGCAAGAGUAUUAUUAUUUGUAUAUUGCAUUUCGGGACAGACUAGGGCUCAGAGCGUAACUGGUGGUGUUCUGUUGGUGGUCAGUUAUUGCAUACCCGUCUCUCUGACGCCUUGAUUGUGAUAUUGUCUAUAGCGAGCGUUAUUCACAAAAUAUGAUAUGAUUGCUGAUAACAGAGUUUAUCACUGUUUUUUUGUAAAACUUUAGCUUAAUUUUGGGACGUUUCUCGCCCAAAUCUGUACUUUAGGACAUAUUUGGGUCUUUGUGGUUGAACCUCUUAAAUACCUGUUCACCUUUUCAACUGCUCACUUCAGUGGGAUUGAAACUGAUUCCUUCACUAUUUAGGGUCAAUUGUAUAUUACCACUUCUUCAAACGAACGAUCUACUUCCUGGGUGACCGCAAACUUUACUGUGAUGGUGUCUGGAUCCGUUCCAAACUGGAAAGCAAAAACUAA